UUAUAACUGCACUGAAAAGUUAAAUAGAAAAUCGUAUGCAUAGAUACAAGCGCAAAAAGUGUCAAAAUUUUGUUGUCUUUAUUCGAAAUAAGAUUAAUAUCAUGUUUUCUCGACAUUGUUAUAUUAAAAAACGAAAUUAUACAUACAUAAAAACAUUUUUUUAAUAUUGUUGAGAUCGAAAAUGAUCUUUAUGUUGUUAAAGGAAACAUUGCAUUAAAUCUCUAUAUACAAUAUGCAUAAUAUGUUUGCCAAAAGGAAUAUUGAUCCUGAAUUAGAAAAAUUGAGGGAGGAAGUUGAUGGUCCACCAAAUUUAGAUACUGUGUUAUUAAACAUUCAAAGAGUCACAGCACGAAUUCAUGCUUCUUAUUUAUUUGAAAACAUUGGAAGACCUACAUUGCAGCAAUUGUGUUUAUUGUUAAGCUCUACUGCUACAGGGAAAGCAUAUAGCGGAUGGCAAGAAUUUGCAUCCCACAUGGGACUAACAAUGGAACAAAUACGUUGUAUAGAUUAUGAUUUCAAAGGCUUGCAAGAUCCAACUUAUUAUGUAUUAUUAACUUAUGUGCAACAUGCUGAAGCAACUGUUGAUAGAAUUUUCUCUGCUUUGGAAAAAAUGGAUCGUUUUGAUAUAAUUAAUCUAAUAAAGGACAAUAUUUCUGGUCUAAUUGAUGCAGUUCCACAAAAUAAUGUAACUAAUGAAUCUACUAUUGCAAAAACAAAAACUAUUCCAAGAGCACCAUUAGUUUUAACUCCAAUAGGAACUAUACAAAAUAUACACAGAAAGGAAAGUGUUGACUCUGAACAUAUGAUACAAGAUAAUGUACAAAAGAGCAAACAAAAAUUCGGCUGCAUAGUUAUGUUAACAUUUGCUGAUGAUGGUUUAGCAAUUGCACAGUACAUAGCAAAGAUAUUUAGAUCCGAAAAACCUAGGAUUGGAGUAGUUAUGCUUCAAGAACAAGAAGAUUAUGUAUACAGUAGAGCAGAAGAGUUUGUAGAUGAUUGUUUUAAACAGGUUAACUUUAUUGUACCAAUAUUAACACAGGGAUACAUGGAAAGAAUAAAGAAUCCUAGAAAAGUGUACAUUGAAGAUCAAAAUAAAUUGGAUGCUAAGUAUAUAAAAUAUAUAUACUCAUUAUUAAGAUACGAGUACGUGAAUAAUCAGUGUGUCAAUUAUCGUGUAAGAUGCAUAGUUCCUGAUAAAGAAGUUUAUACAGUUGCAAAUGCAAACUUGCAUCCAACUUUACAAGCAUGGUUUAGACAAAGUGAUAUUGAUGCAUUUACUAAACAUAUUCUACUAAGAAAAUGUGCAAGAUAAAUAUUCAUCAUACAAAUAAAUAUGAUAAGAAGAACAGUGUUACAUUUUAUAUGUAUUAUAUACUUACUGACAUAUGAAAUACUCUCCAUAAGAUUCUGUAUCAUUUAUAGCAUCUGUUAUGUUUUCAGAAAUAUCAUAAUAUAUUUUUACUGUUUCUGUAGCUUCUUUUUUUGGAAGUAUUUCACCUUUAGCAGUAACAAAUACAUGCCCACCAAAAUCAUUAAAACAUUUAGAUGAAUCCAAUAAUUUGUGUGGAGAGGCUAUAUCAAAGACAACAUUCCCUCGUUCACCAUGAACCCAUUGUGCUCCUAAUUCUACAACAUUAUCAGCUGAAAACAAAUAUAAUAUAACUAGUCUUAUGAAAAA